AGCCGUUGGCAGCGAGAGAUCGGGAAUAUUUUCCGCGCCUCCUUUGUUCUGUCCGUCCAUUCGUUUUGUGUAUGGGAGACGGCUCCAUGGGAGACUGUUCCAUGCCGACAACGCAAGCGAGUGGGAACUCUCCACAGGAGUUGGAUGAGAUACUUGCAAAGGAGGCGACUCUCACCAAAUCGUACAGCCGGACCAGUUCGCGCCGGGCUGUGCCCAUCAACGCUUCCUACAUUGAGGGCAAUGGGACCAGAGAGGAGGCCAGUACCAGCAUCAAGGGCCGGGUCUGGCGGGCGCUGAAUAGCUACGUGGUGGCCAACGCCAUGGCCUUCGUGGUGCUGGCGGACUCCUUCUGCACCUGCGCUUCGGUGGACGCCCGGGCGGCCGGCCAGGAGCUUUCCGAAGCCUACAGUCUGAUUGCCCGGGUUUGUCUUUGCCUUUACUGCGCCGAGCUGGUCUGCACCUUCUACGUCAGCGGAUGUCAGGUCCUGCGAGAGUGGCUCGGGGUGGUGGACCUCCUCAUCGUGCUGUGCGGGUUGGCGGAGGAGCUGGUGGCUGCGCUGGUCGAGCAGGACAUCGGGCUGCCGCUGGGCCUGCUGCGGGUCUUCCGGUUGGUCCGCAUCGCGCGGACCAUCCGCCUGCUGAAGCGCCUGCGGAUGCUCCGGGAGCUUUACAAGCUGGUGGUGAUGAUGGCCACGGUGUGCCGCACCCUGAUGUGGUCCUUCCUGCUGUGCUUCAUCGUGAUGACGGCCUUCGCCAUGAUGAUGGUGGAGUUCGUGAACCCGGUGGUGCAGGAGCUCACGAGCGCGGGGGCCUUCGAGGACUGCCCCACGUGUUUGCAGUCCACCAACUCCGUCAUGGAUGCCAACUUGCUGCUGUUCCAGACGGUGGUGGCUGGCGACAGCUGGGGCAAGGUGGCCGUGCCGGUGAUCCGUUCCUCCCCCGCCACCGCGGUGAUCUUCGUGGGGUCGUUGCUCACGCUGGUCUUCGGCGUGCUCAACUUGAUCGUCGCUGUGGUGGUUGACACCUUCGCCGACGCCCGUCUUCAUGAUGUGGAAGCCUUGGCUGAGGAGUUGGAGCACGACCUUCAGAACGACAGGGAGCAGCUGGAAGAGCUCUUCCAGCGCAUCGACAAGGAGGGCACCGGCGAGCUGACCUUGGAUGAGUUGAUGGCUGGCGCACGCAAUGACGCCGUUUUCCAAAGCCGCUUGAAGGUGAUGGACAUUGACGAGAGUGACUUACACCAGCUUUUUCACAUGAUCGACAUCGAUCAGUCGGGGACGUUGCAAGUAUCGGAGUUUAUUGGGCCGCUGAGCCGUUGGGCUCACGACUCCAAGACGGCACCGCGCUUUAUCAAGUACAACCUGAUCCAGACAAUGCAGAUGCAGGAGGAUUUGAUGGAUAUGACCAACCGCCGCUUCGCAAUGCUCAGUGAUCAGAUGAGUCGUAUGUCGACUCAGUUGCGGCUGAUGACCGUGCCGGCGACUGUCUUGGCAAGUACUUCGUUGGCCAGCGCCUCACAGAGCCGCAAGGCCAGCGCGCCGCACAGCGGCCACACGGAGAGCUCGACUAUCUCUGAUGAGCAUGAGCAGCACAAGCCGCAUACCAGCAGUCAGCCUGAGCUCAUUACGCCGGCGACUUCCCCGACUGCACGGCAGACGGGAGAUCGCGUCUCCCUGGAUGCUCCGAGUUUCAGCUCCGAGAUCCACUCCUUGAGCCAGCAGAUCGAUGCGGCCGUAUCCCAGAUCGACGCCAAGCUGGAGGCGCUGCUGUUCCCGGUGUCCAAAAGAUCCUCGCUGGUGCCCUCCUCCUACAUGGCGCGCCGGACGUCCACGCGGCUGAAUUCCCACAGCACCUUCCAGGCGAUGUACAUGGCGCCGCGAAAUGUGAGCCCCAUGCCCGGACGAUCCGCGCGUGGAUCCCCGAGAGGCUGGUCACCAGCGAUUUCUGAGGCGGAGUCUCCCAUGGAGUUCUGAUCCCUGCGUUUCCCCGUUCAAGCAUCCCCUUUUGGGUGUUGUUCAUCUGGCUCAAGCCUCCGUUUUUUUUUGGUUUCGUUUAGUUUCAAACAAGUUUCCUCGGAGGUUGGAAAUAAUGGGAGCCUGGCCUGACUGGGCCGAAGGCUCGGAGGUCUGGCACAUCUUUCCAGAUGGGGUUCCAGGGGGAUCCUCCCGGACCCAAGGAGUUGCAAGCUCAAAGCUGCUGACGUGAGUCUCGUUCCGUUUGGCCCUUGAAAGGACCAGC